CCUCCCAUUCUAGAGGAGGAAGGGCUAUAGAUCAGUGCCCUUGAGCUGUCCCAAACUCCUCACUUACUCCAGAACCUCCUUCCUUCAAGCCGACCCCGCCUUGGGUCACUACCCAUCACGUGCUUCCUCUUCGUGCGCACCAAACAUGGCAGGGGUUACCUACGUUCCUGGUGCGCACCCCUUGCCCAGGCCCCCAGCAUUUGGGGUUUUCCUCCUGCCGCAGCUGACCUGUCAGUGUCCUCGGUGGCCACGCUCAGGGCCUCUUCUGUCUCCUGUGUCCUGACUUCUCAGGGCUCCUUCCUCCUUCCUGAGCGCUCUCUUCUCUCUCUCCCGCACUCUUCCUCUCUCUCCUCCUGUCCCUUGGGCCCUCAGGGCUCCUCCCAGGCCCUCAUCCAUCCCCACACCCUCCCCGGGCCAUGUCGCCGUCCCCUCGGCUUCCACUCCUCACCUCUGUGCUGAUAAUUCCCCAAAUCUCUCCUGGGUCCACACGGGCCUCCAGUGCACAUCUGCAUCUCUGCACAACCCCCUGACGUCUCCUGGACACUAGGAGGUUGUGUCCAGUGGUUCGGAGCUUGGCUCGAGAGCCAGACUGCUCAGGGUCAAAGCCUGCCUCUGGCACCCACCUGGGUGACCUUAGGCAUUAAAAAAAUUGCUUUUGGCCUCUAUUUUCUCUUCCAUAAAAUAGAGGUAUUGAGAUGUAUAUCGUAGGAUCAGAUAAGGCUUCUAAAGCACCCAGAACAGGGAAUUCCCUGGUGGUCGUCCAGGGAUUAGAACUCCAUGCUCUCACUGCCGAGGGCCUGGAUUCAAUCCUGGUCGGGGAACUAAGGUGCCACAAGCCGCGUGGCCAAAAUAAAUAAAUAAAAAUUAAAAAAAAAACCCAACAACACUCAAUACCCAUUUAAAUGUUUUAAUGUUAAAUUUCCUAACGUCCUCUCCGCCAAACUGCUCCCGGUCCACGUCCACGUCCCAUCCCUCUCAAGGCCAGAGCCCUGCACGGCUCCCUCCUUUCCCCCAACCUGGCCUCCUGUGUGUCUCAUCCAUCUGCCUCUUCCCCCGCCUCCCCAACCUCUCCCACCUGGGCCCUGCUGCAGGCUGGGGCCCUCCACUCUUGCCCCCUCCAAUCCACUCUUCUUCACACAGUAGCUUUCUGAUACUCAGAUCUGACCCUGGGGAGUUCCCUGGUUGCCUAGUGGUUAGGAUUCGGCACUGUCACUGCUGUGGCCCGGGUUCGAUCCCUGGUCGGGGAACUGAGAUCCUGCAAGCCGCGCGGCGCGGCUAAAAUUUAAAUAAAUAAAUAAAUAAAUAAAUAAACAUCUGAACCUGCCCUUCCUUGUUCAAAGUCCUUCUGUGGCUCCCCAGUGCCCUCAGGACAAAGUCCAGACUCCUUAGCCUGGCAUUCAAGACCCUUUGCCACCUGGCCCCCCUUUAGCCACGCCUCCCCAGGGCAGCCACAGGCAGGGGCAGGUGUUUUCUGAACACAGACACACACACAAAUCCCCUAGCUCGGGAAGCCUGCCGUUCCUCACCUCUGUUUAGGAAUGUCCCAUUCCUCUGUGCCCGAGGCCCACGAUCAGACGCCCCUCUCCGUCGACCCUUCUCCUGUCCGGCCCCUCUAGGGUUCCGCCACUGGACGGGGGAGGGGGCAUUACCUGCCACCCCACCCCCCAUUCCAGCCAGGGGCUCAGGUCUCCAACAACAGAACCAGAGCCACUCAGCAACGCUGGAACCCAUUCAGGGGGGCUUGGGGCCCCUCAUCCCAAGCCAGGAGGGCUUCGGGGGAAGGGUGCACCCCUUGGCGGACUUGCCCUGCGGCCCAGGGGUCUGGGGGUUGUCAGGGAGGUGGGGGUGAACCUCGCAGGGAGAGGCACGAGUGCGGUUCUCUUUCCCCUACUGGGGGGGGCCUCGGGGCCAGCGUCGGGGCGGGAGGCCUCGGAAGCAGAGCCCGUGGGGCGGAGGUGGCGGCAGGGCAGUUUCUGGUGGCAGAGGCACCAUGGCCACCAUCCAGUCGGAGACUGACUGCUAUGACAUCAUCGAGGUGCUGGGCAAGGGCACCUUCGGGGAGGUGGCCAAGGGCUGGCGGCGAAGCACGGGCGAGAUGGUGGCCAUCAAGAUCCUGAAGAACGAUGCUUACCGCAACCGUAUCAUCAAGAACGAGCUGAAGCUGCUGCGUUGCAUGAGGGGCCUGGACCCGGAGGAGGCCCACGUCAUCCGCUUCCUCGAGUUCUUCCACGACGCCCUCAAGUUCUACCUGGUCUUUGAACUGCUGGAGCAAAACCUUUUCGAAUUCCAGAAGGAGAACAACUUUGCGCCCCUCCCCGCCCGCCACAUCCGCACGGUCACCCUGCAGGUGCUCAGAGCCCUGUCCCGGCUCAAGGAGCUAGCCAUCAUCCACGCCGACCUCAAGCCUGAGAACAUCAUGCUGGUGGACCAGACUCGCUGCCCCUUCAGGGUCAAGGUGAUCGACUUCGGCUCGGCCAGCCUAUUCAGCGAGGUGCGCUAUGUCAAGGAGCCGUAUAUCCAGUCUCGCUUCUACCGGGCCCCCGAGAUUCUGCUGGGGCUGCCCUUCUGUGAGAAGGUGGACGUGUGGUCCCUGGGCUGCGUCAUGGCUGAGCUGCACCUGGGCUGGCCCCUCUACCCAGGCAACAACGAGUACGACCAGGUGCGCUACAUCUGUGAGACCCAGGGCCCGCCCAAGCCCCACGUGCUGCAAGCCGCCUGUAAGGCCCACCACUUCUUCAAGCUCAACCCUCACCCCGACGCCACCAACCCCUGGCAGCUGAAGUCCUCGGCCGACUACCUGGCUGAGACCAAGGUGCGUCCACUGGAGCGCCGCAAGUACAUGCUCAAGUCACUGGACCAGAUAGAGACGGUGGAUGGCGGCGGGGCAGCCCGUCGGCUGACCUUCCCCGACCGCGAGGCGCUGGCGGAGCACGCCGACCUCAAGAGCAUGGUGGAGCUGAUCAAGCGCAUGCUGACGUGGGAGUCGCACGAACGCAUCGGCCCCAGCGCCGCCCUGCGCCACCCCUUCGUGUCCAUGCAGCAGCUGCGCAGCGCCCAUGAGACCACCCGCUACUACCAGCUCUCGCUGCACGGCUGCCGCCUCUCCCUGCAGGAGGAGGGCAAGACACCUAUGUCUGCUGUGGCUGCGGCGGAAGACGGGCCCCCCUACUACGGUCUGGCCAACGAGGAGGAGACCGUGAUCCUGGGCAGCGGGCCUUCAGUCCGGGAGGAGAAGGCACCGGGCGUGCAGAAGGCCAUCGAUCAGCUGGACGACUUGAGUCUGCAGGAGGCGGGGCGUGGGCUGUGGGGCGAGACCCACACCGACGUCGUCCCCGACAUGCUGGCCCCGCUCAAGGCCGCUGCUGCUGGCCACUGGGUGCCCGACUCCAGCCCCGAGCCCAUCCUGGCCUUCUACGGCAGCCGCCUGGCAGGCCGCCGCAAGGCCCGCAAGCCACCCGCGGGCUCCAAGUCCAACUCCAACUUCAACAACCUCAUCCAGCUGAGCCAGGCCUCGCCCGAGGAAGACGCCCCGUGCAGGGCCGGCGGUGGCUGGGCGGAAGGAGAGCGGCGAGGGGCCUCCGCGGAGCCGCCUGCCAUCCCGCAGCGGGACGGGGAUGGGCCGGACACCAAGGACGUGACCGUGGAUGCCGAGAGGCCAGGCCCUGAGUUCUUCGACCUCAGCAGCUGUCCUGGGGAAUGGCUGGGUCAGCCAGACUGGACCCUGGAGGGCGUCAGGGGGCCACGGGCUCAGGGGCUCCCACCACGCCACACCCAGCCGCGUGGUCCACCCCGGGCCACCAGCUUUCUGCAGCACGUCGGCGGGCGCCACUGAUGGUGACCUCAUCCCUGCCCAUCACUGGGUGAUGCGCCAGCGGGGCUGGCAUCCCCUCCUCAGAGCUAUCCCCUGAACCGACAAAUUAUUCUUACAGAAAGGUAAUAAUCCAGAAAUUCCCCAUUCCCCCCGCCCCGCUCACGGCGCAUGCCUGCACACACACCCCGAACACAGGAGGGUUUUGGGGUCUGGCCCGUGGCCCCCUCGGCCAGAGGGAUGCAAGAAGGGGGCUGCACCCCACGGGCUCCGCUGCCUCUGUUGAUUUCAAUAAAGCACUGUUCAGCAGUACUGCCUCAUGUCUGUCCUCCCUGCCUGAGGCCUGAACUGGCACUGGGGUGGGGUUCAGGGGGGCACCCAGGUCCUGCUCUCUAAUGCUGCACCCAGUCAGCCACUGGCUCAGGCUGGAGGCUGUGCUUGGCACACUGACCCAUCCCUUAAAUAUGCUCAGUGCCUGGCACAUAAGAAUCCACCCUCGGAACAUUCUCAGUGCUCAGCAGAUGCCAAUCUGAGCUUACCAGAUGCCAGGUUCUCAGCGUCUGUUGACCUGUCUUUGGCACACGUGACAGGCUUGGCAUGCACUCAUCCAUGCUUGGGACAUGCGAAGUGUCAGUUCACUCAGCAGGUGUAUGUAAAUUCACGCCUGGUACAUGCUCUCGUGUCCAGAUGUGCGAGUCCCCCCUCGGGCUGUGGCAGUGGCUCAGCGUGCACGCAUCUGGCUGGGGACAUGCCGAGUGUGCAGCACACGCUGCGCCAUGCUGGCUACAUAAGGCUCGGUUCAUGCCAGCCCACAGGGUCACACACGCAUGCUCAGCACACACUAGCUCACGUGCAUUGUGUGCCGAGGGCUCAGAGCGCGCCAGCCCACGCUGGUCACCCACUGAAGGCUCAGCACACGCCAGCCAUGUGCUGAGCGUCCAGUACACACCAAACCACACCGGUCACAUGC